UUCAAAACCAGGGUCCGAGGUGUGGUCUGAGCUCCUUUAAGCCCAAGGGAUUUGGGAGCUCCUGGUGAGUCCCCAGAGAAGAGUCCAGAAGAGAAAGAUGGAAGGGGAGUGGCCCCCUGGGGGGCAACUCCUCUUCUACCUCACCUUCAGCCUUCUGCUUCAAGGAAGAGCCGACACUUUCACCAUCAAUUGCUCAGGGUUUGACCAAAAUGGGGUGGAUCCUGCUGCCUUCCAAGCAGUGUUUGACAGAAAGGCCUUUCGUCCAGUCAUCAACUACAGCAUCCCCACUUAUGUCAACAUCUCCUUCACCUUGUCUGCCAUCCUGGAAGUGGAUGCACGGCUCCAGCUUCUGACGUCAUUCCUGUGGAUUAAUUUGAUGUGGGACAAUCCUUUCAUCAGCUGGAACCCAGAAGAAUGUGUCGAUGUCAAUAAACUCACUGUAUCAACAGAAAACCUGUGGCUUCCAGAUAUCUUCAUUGUAGAAUCCAUGGAUGUGGAUCGGGCAGCUACAGGUCUCUCCGCGUAUGUCAGCAGUGACGGUCGGAUCAAGUAUGAUAGGCCAGCGCGGGUGACCAGCAUCUGUAACCUGGACAUCUUCUACUUCCCUUUUGACCAACAGAACUGCACCUUCACCUUCACUUCCUUCCUCUACACAGUGGACAGCAUGCUUCUGGGCACGGACAAGGAAGUGUGGGAGAUAACAGCUACGUCUCGUGACGUCAUUCAGACCCAGGGAGAGUGGGAGCUCCUGGGCAUCAACAAGGCCACCCUAAAGCUGUUGGUGGGCAGCAGUGUAUAUGACCAGAUCACGUUCUAUGUGGCCAUCAGGCGCAGGCCCUUCCUCUAUGUCAUAAACCUUCUGGUGCCCAGUGGUUUUCUGAUUGCCAUUGAUGCCCUCAGCUUCUUCCUGCCUGCAGAAAGCGAGAACCGUGCCCCAUUCAAGAUAACCCUUCUGCUGGGCUACAACGUCUUCCUGCUCCUGAUGAAUGAGUUACUCCCUGCCAGUGGCACCCCCCUCAUCAGUGUCUACUUUGCUCUGUGUCUGUCUCUGAUGGUGCUGAGCCUGCUGGAGACCAUUUUCAUCACCUACCUGCUACACCUGGCCACCACUCAGCCCCCACCUAUGCCCCAGUGGCUCCAUUCCCUGCUUCUGCACUGCACCGACCCGAUGAAAUGCUGUCCCACUGCACCCCAGAAGGGAAACAAGGGUCUGGGUCUCGCCCCUGCCCACCUGCCUGGUCUGAAGGAGCCUGUGGAGUUGGUGGGGAAGGUGCCAGGUCCCCAAGAGGCAGAGUUAAAUGGGUGCCCUGAGUCAACAAGGGGCCAACAGGAAGAUGAGGCUCAGAAGCAGCACUUGGCCAGCCUGUGGGUGCAGUUCAGCCACAUGAUGGACACCCUGCUGUUCCGCCUCUACCUGAUUUUCAUGGCCACCUUCCUCACCUCCGUCAUCGUCCUCUGGAGCACCUAGGCUGACAUCCACGUCCAUCUCUCCCUGCAAACCACAGUUUGAAUUUCUCCUUGUAUUAGGGCCAGCCAAACCCUGACCUCUUUCAUAAUCUUAGCCACUUCUCCAGUGACUACCAUAUCCUCUUCUAUAUUCUCAAAACUUCAACACAGCCCUACCUAGUAGGUUCAGAACAGCCAUAGUCCUCUCAUAUUCCAUGGUCAUCAUUCCUGCACAAGUUUAAUGUCCCUCAGCCACACCUAACUUAACUCUGACUUCCUUAUCAAUUGAGGGCCAGGUCAGUGCAGUCUCUCCUUGAUUGAUUGACCCAAUAAACAACUUUCCAGGAAGCACUGACCCCUCAGUACCUUUGUGAUAGGUCCACAAACUCUGGGGUGGAGAGUCCUCCUGCAGAAGUUUUGAUACUUCACCCUAAACAGGUGUAUCGUAAUAUUAUUUGAUUUUAAGUCUUUCAGGCACUUUCAGAGUUUAAAAGAAUACAAAGGCAAAGUCUCAUUUGCAAGAAAUUACUAUAAAAUGGUUAUAAUUGCAAAAUAUUUCUUUCAUCAAUCAUUUCACUUUCCUUUACCUCUCUCAUUUCUAAAAUUGCUCUUUGAAAUAAAUAUUGUGUCAUUUUUUUUAAAUUCUGACAGAUUCCUCUGAUUCCACAAAAUCAAACAGAGAGGGCCGUCUGAAUACACGUGCUUGGAGGAGGGCCAGGAAGGCAGUCGAGGACCUCAGUUAGAGUUCAAGUUAAGUAAAUUGUCAUGCACCCACAUGAUGGGAUGCCUCGUAGCCAUUUAAAGUCAGAAUAUAGAUCUAUGUUCAUAAACAUGGAAACAGGUCCAUGGUAUAUAAAGUGGAGAAAACAAGUUACAAAACAGUAUGUACAUAUUAUUUCUGUAGGGGAAAAAAGCUCUAGAGAGAAAUGCAAAGAAAAAGGUAUGGAUGUCUAAACACCAAAACAUGAGCAAACUUUGUGCUGGAUAAUGAAAUUGGUAUUAUGAGUGAUUGCUGUUUUCUUUUAUAUAUUUGACUAUAUUUUCUUAACUGUUUUCAAUGAACAAAUAUUACUUUUACUAUCAAAAAUCAUAUUUAAAAUGUUUAAUUUUUUUUACUUUUCAAUUACAGUUGAUGUAUAAUAUUAUAUUAGUUUCAGAUGUACAACCUGGUGAUUAGAAAUUUACAUAAUUUACAAAAUAAUCCCUCCAAUAUUUCCAGUAGCUACUUGACACCACACAUAAUUAUUACUAUAUUAUUGACUAUAUUCCCUGUGCUGUAUUUUACAUCCCCAUGACUAUUCUGUAACUACCAAUUUGUACUUUUUAAUCCCUUCACUUUUUCACCCAUCCUCUCCAACCCCUCUUUCAUCUGGCAAUCAUCAAAAUGUGCUCUGUAUCUAUGAGUCUAUUUCUGUCUUGCUUGUUCAUGUAGUUUGUUUUUUAGAUUCCACAUAUAAGUGAAAUCAUAUGGCAUUUAUCUUUUCCUAUCUGACUUACAUCACUCAGCGCAAUACCCUCUAGAUUCAUUAUGUUGCUGUAGACAGCAAGAUUUCAUUGUUUUUAUUCCUGCCUAUCACUUAGAAUCAAAGGACAGAUAAAGAGCUUUCCAGGCAAGAAUAACUACAGAGUUCACCACCAUCAAACUAGUAUCACAAGAAAUUUGAAAGGGUCUUCUUUAAGAAAAAGAAGAAGAAAGAUAAAAAUAUGAAUAAUAAAAUGGCAUUAAAUACAUAUCUAUCAACAAUUAAUUUAAAUGCAAAUAGAUUAAAUACUUCAAUCAAAAGAUGUAUGGUGACUGAAUGUGUAACAGUGGGAAAUUGUAACCUACCCCACCCCACCAUUCUUUUGAUGUUGUUUCGAUAAAUGCAGACUCUGACUAAUAUGUAACUUAUAGAUAAGCAGCAUGUUUGUAUAAGAAUACUAGGAACUAACUUCAAAAGAUGCAUCCCUGACCGUCAGUCAUCCCAGUUCCAGAUUUACUGACCUUCAACCAUAGAACCAGGAUGAUGAAGACCAGGAUGAUACACACCAGACCAUCACCAGACCAUCACAUAACCAGUUUCAAGAUUCUCAUCAGAAUGGACUAUGCUGGCCUGCAUGUAGAGAACUUUUCAACCCCAUUCUUUGUUCUGCUUUCCCUCUCCCACCUUAUAAAAACCUCUGCUUGCACUGAGAUGUUGAGAUGGACUUUGUGACAAGAGUCCAUCUUCUCGAGAUGCCUGCAUUUGAAUAAACCUCUUUCCU